CUAACAUUUUUCAUUUAUUAUAUAGUGGAAGAGAGUGAGACAUAGAUUAAAUUUAGAACACAUGGCUCUCCCAAACAGAUUUCUCUUUGGAACCAAUCAUAUCAAUCUAUCACCGGCCCCACCGCCCGAGGCGAAGCCGGCAACCGCGCAGCCACUGGCGUCGGGGGUUAGAGUAGACUCUGAUUUCGUAGUCAUCCCGGCGGCGAUGCUGUGCGCACUUAUUUGUUUUUUAGGCCUUUGUGGUUUUGCUCGGUGCGGGCGGCAGAGGAGGAGCGGCGCCGCCAGCCCGCCCACCCGGCCCCACCCUGCGGCAAACAGAGGCCUGAAGAAGAAAGUGCUCCAAUCCCUCCCCAAGUUCGCCUACGCCGCCGCCGCAGAAAAUGGCGGCAAGCAGCUCCCGGCGGACUGCGCCAUAUGCCUGGCGGACUACGCCGACGGCGAAGAGGUCCGGACGCUCCCGCAGUGCGGCCACGUGUUCCACGUGCGGUGCAUCGACACGUGGCUCGGGUCCCACUCCUCCUGCCCUUCCUGCCGGCGGAUCCUCGUGGUGGGUCGUUGCCAGAAUUGCGGCGGAGGGGAGUUCCCUGAAGUCUCCGUCGCCGGAGAUGGUUCCCGCGCAGGCACUCCGUUCGGCGGCAGUCUUCCUCAAAUGGUAUAGCUUGUCCGCGCCUGAAAUUCAACUAAACCCACCGUAAAUUGCAAAUAGACAAUUAUUAUAAGUUCCCCGCGGGGGGGGGGGGGCCACCAACACUACAGGUUACCCGUGAUUUCCGGUAUGGCCAUGUGAUCCGGGUCGGUCUUCGGGUUGUCCUGGGCGGGUCGGGGGAGGGCAAACUGGGCAAAUUACAAAUACGUAGAAAAUGUAGUAGGACAAAAACUUGGAGGCUGGGUAUGUAUAGUAGCCUAGUACGAAUGAUGUGUGUAAUUUGAACGUUAUUAUUGUCACUAUACACUCCCUCCCUCUAAAAAAGAACUUCCCGAUUUGACCGGGCCACGCAAAUUUAUGCAAAUUUAUGUGUGAUGAAAAUUGUGUUGACUUUCUCAUUAUACCCCUUAGCCUUUUUGCCCUGUACACCCCUGUACUCCCCCACUGACUGAUGCCAUCUACCACUGCCGACGCCGGCACUUCGGCACCACCACCGCCGGCACUUCAGCACCGCCGCCGCCGGCACUUCAGCACCACCGCGAUGGUGCUUCCUCAACCCCCGCCGUCAAAAGCCCCCCCCGCCGAUGAUGCUUCCUCANGCCACAGAUCUGGAAAAAUCCACCACAGAUCUGGAAAAAAUUUAAAAAAAUUUGCCACUGCAAAUCUAGAUCCGGUGAAGAUGCAACCAGAUCUAGAAAACAAUGUCUUCUUCUAGCUGACGAAAUAAGGAAGAAAAAUCAUU